AUGGCUUUGACCCAAGAAUCUAUUUUGUCUUUUUUACUGGAGCACGGAGGCAAAGUGAAGAACUCGGAGCUGCUGAACAAUUUCAGGAGUCAAAUCAGCUGCAGUGAUCCCGCGGAAAAGCAGCACAAUAGGGACCUUUUCAAGAAGUUGGUGAACAGCGUCGCCGUGGUCAAACAGAUCGACGAGGUGAAGUUUGUAGUCGUGAAGAAACGGUAUCAGGACUUUGUUAAGGAGCUGGCGCAUGAUGCCUCGCAGAAAACGCAGAUGGAUGACAGUUUCUCGAGCCAAAACACGAGCUUUUCGUACAGAUCUCCUCAUCGAGCCGAGGCAGACAGGAUGGUUUAUUCUGACAUUGAGAACAAUAACAUGUGCUAUCCCUCAAACAUAAAUGACAAGUAUUAUAGUGAUGCCAAACAUACGCAUGUGGGGAGUAUGCAGGAAAGGAGGCCGUUUUCAAAAAGCAUUAGUAGUGCGGACACAACCACUGUCAAAGUCCUGAAUAUCUCCGGAGAUCAGGCGAGCAGAACGAGGACAUCUGGAGCUGUGUUCGCUGUCAUAGCAGUAAAAUCCCCACCGAGAGACUCUGCACCAGUAACACAGGAGGGAUUACUGUCCCAAGUGCAUCAGCAGAAAACUUCACGCAACCCAAUCCCGUUGGUAACCAAAGUUUCUGCGCCAUCAGUGCCAAAUCUAAGCUUUCCAGCUUGCAAGAAGGACCCACUAAGUGACUCCCAAUGUUGGAAAAGCAGACUGAGAGAGGACAUGCAACCCCCAGGCUUUCCCCAGGUGAGGCCCCAAAACAAGACCACAAGACAGGGAGAUGAUGCAAAGUACUCAGAGUCUGUGCCUCUGGAGCCAUUAGCUCAUGAGUGGUUGGUAAAGUGUGCUGCUGGACUGUGGGGACAAAUCUAUGGUUUGCUGCUGCAGGACACAAGGUUGGCACAGAAGAAAGACUUCAUGUCAGGUUUCACAGCACUGCACUGGGCUGCCAAGGACGGCAACAGCGACAUGAUACAUAAACUCAUGAAUAUCCCCAGGAAAAGUGGCACUUACGUUAACAUCAACAGCAAAGCACACGGAGGAUACACGCCUUUGCACAUCGCAGCCAUACACGGCCACACUGAAGUAAUGGUUUUGCUCGUGCAAAGUUAUGGAGCCAAUGUAAAUGAAAGAGAUGACGAUGGCAAGAAGGCCUUCCACUACCUGGGCAAAGGUGUGUCAGCUGAGGUCAGAGCACUUUUGGGAGGACUGCAGCAGAGCAAGUACAGGGAGAAGACAGAAGAUGGAGAAUACAGAGAGCACCCGAAAGGCUUCAACACGAUUAGUAAACUGUUCCAGCCUCACAUAGGGAAGAAACAAAAGACAACAACUAAGUUCGCUCAUGACUGGUGAGAAUGACAUGGAUCACAAAAGAAGCUGUGAGAUGGACAAUAUUUAAAUUGUAAGAGAUCAUAUGGUCCUAUUUGUAUAUUAUGUGAAUAUAAAACAACUUAAGCCAUUAUUGAUACUCCUUUAGAUCACUUAAAGUCUAUAAAUUAACUAGAAAUGCGUCUUUCUCAGUACCUAUUGCAGGCUUUAUCUCUCUUGUACUGUGUAUCAUGGUUGGAUGUACUAUUUAUGAAUGGUAUUUAUAAUUUAAUCAUCUUUUUUUCUUUAGUUGAACUCCAUGUAUUAACAAUGAACAUGUUAUAUAGAACCCAUUUAAUUUAUUUUUCUUACUAACAACACAAUCAGUGACAGUCAUACAUACCUUCAUAACCUAAUGUGUAAUAAAUCUUUAGAAGUUA